GCAGAUAAAUGAGUAAAACGAUUGAAAACUACACUACAUUUUCUGUGUCCUUUUUUACUUGAUUGACCUCCAUAAACACGCGCGUGAGACAAACUGAAAUGAAUGAAGGGAAGUGAAAAUGCUUGGUGGUUGAUCACUCAUCCAUGUUCCCCUUGUUUCUCUUCCCCCUCUUCGGCAUAGCUUCAGCUGACACUGUGGCACACUCUUACAUGGACGACGUCAUCACCUCCUUUUGGGAACCUUUAUUCUUGCUCUUGCCGUCCAACGCUACAAUGUCCACCGGAGACUGGAACUGCAACUCUUGAUUGUUUGCAGGUCCCAUGAAUUUUGCUACAAAAUUCAUUUUAUGAUUGUUUUUUAGUUUUAAUCAACUAAAAAAAUUGGCAUAUAUAUAUGCUACAAAACAAGUUAAAUUUUUUCAAUUCUUUUAUGAUUGUUUGCAGGUCCCUUGAAUUUUGCUGAGAAAAUGGUAUUGUCCAUGUUUGGGGCAUGUUUGUCUAUAUAGUUUUAAGUUUUUAUAUCUACUCAUGGAGGGACUGAUUGUGUUUUCAAUUAGACAAUUAAGACAUUAAUUGAAUCAAAAUGGUAAAUGCAGUUGCUGAUCAUACUUUGGAUGACAAGAAGGAUUGCAGAUGACAUUCCUGGAUGGGGGGUUUUAUUCCCAAGACCUUGUUGGUGAUGGAAGUGUCAGUUACAAUGUAGGUUAUGGUGGGUAUUUUAUUGUUCAUAAUCCCAAACAUGAAGCAAGAUGGGGAAAAGCUAAUGAGUUGGAAUGACUGCAAAAUGUUACCUUGGAACCUCAUUUUGUUUCUAGGAGCUGGAUUUGCCAUAGCUGAUGGAAUACAAUCUAGAGGUCUAUCAGAAGUGCUGUCAAGGGUCGUCGAUUUUUUGCAAGAUACCCCACACUUGGCCACCGUUACUGUUGUUAGUCUAAUAUGUAGCAUUGUUACUGAGUUCAUCACCUCUAAUGCUGCUACUGCCACCCUUCUUGUCCCACUUCUUUAUCACAUAGCAGGAACUAUGCAUGUGCACCCUCUUAUUCUUAUAAUCCCUGGAGGAAUAGCAACCGAGUUUGCUUUCUGGCUUCCAACUUCAACACCAUCAAAUGUAGUUGGCUUUGCCACUGGACACAGAGAAAUUAAAGACAUGUUCAAAGUUGGCGUACCACUCAAAGUUGUUGGGAUUGUUGUGCUGUCUCUUCUCAUGCCAUCACUGGGUGAAUUGCCUACAAUCUCUGUUCUAGUAAACAAAUGCUUUGAGAAAAUCAUUUGGUUGAAAGGAAUUCUAUCGUUUUAAGUUUUGCUGUUGCAGGAACUAUUGUUUUUGGAACAAACAAUGAUACUCACAAUAAGGGACAUCAUUGACGAAGGAAAACUCUUGGUUGCUAGGAAAUUGAUUUUUUCUCCAAUUAAUUUUUGUAUUUUAGCA